CAUUCCUACUAUUCAUUUUACCCAAAAACAGAGAACUCACUAUACACACACAUAUAUAUAUACACCACUCCUCUAUUUUCCCUAACCAAACCUCCCAACAUUUUUUUCUUCAUUUCUCCUCAAACUUAGAUGGGUUUUAACGAAAUUUGCAACACGGGCUUGGUUUUAGGGUUGGGAUUAUCAUCAACAGAUGAAAAUCACAAAUCCAAAAUACCAACCUUGAAAUUCAACUGCUUGGGAAAAACAUCAGAGCCUUCACUGGCUCUCAGCCUUUGUGGUGAUCCUGGCUAUGAUCGGACGGUGAAAAAAGCUGUGGAUAUUACUGAUCAGACGGGUGAUUUGUAUCGUCAAGAUAGUACAGUUUCAUCUCUCUCUAAUCUCAGCGUGAAGAGAGAGAGAGAAUUUGGGAGUGAAGAAGGAGAGAUAGAGAGAGUUUGUUCAAGAGUUAGUGAUGAAGAUGAUGAUGGAGGCUAUAACGGAAGGAAGAAACUCAGACUGACUAAAGCUCAAUCUGCCCUUUUAGAAGAAAACUUCAAACAAAACAGCACUCUCAAUCCUCUUUUGAUUUAUCAGAAACAAAAGCAAGAAUUGGCACGGGAGUUGCAUCUGAGGCCUCGGCAAGUGGAAGUGUGGUUCCAGAACAGAAGAGCAAGGACAAAGCUGAAGCAAACAGAAGUGGAUUGCGAGUUAUUGAAGAAAUGCUGCGAAACACUAAAAGAAGAAAACAGAAAUUUGCACAAGGAAUUACAAGAAUUGAAGGCACAAAAACUCGCACAGCCCUUUUACAUGGCUGCCACCCUCUCCAUGUGCCCCUCUUGCGAAAGGAUCGGCGGUGGAGGCGGCACCGGUGCCGCCGGCAGUGAAAUUCCGGCCAAGAGCCCAUUUUCUAUGGCUCCUAGGUCUCACUUCUUUAAUCCCUUCGCCAACCCACCACCAGCAACCUGUUAAUUAAUUAGUUAGUUUAUAUUUUCUUAGCUUGAAGAAAAAUAUAUAUAAAAAUCCACCCAACCCUCCAUUUUACUGGUUAUGGGCUUGUAUUAGAAUUUGUAGAAAAAAUACAGAAUCUUUUAUUAAUCUUUUUACGUGUUUUUAAUAGCAAACGUUUGUAAAUAUAUAUCAGUGUAAUAUAUAUGAAUUGAGUGAUUAUUAAUUAUUGUUCUUUUGCAUUCAA